AUGCCGCCCGGAGGGAUCAGGUCCGAUUGGACUGGGCACAUCGCUCUCGAUGAUGUCGAACAUGCACCGUCUGGCAAGGUCGACGACCAAGGUCGCGUUGAUGUCCGUUUUCAUGACAGCCCACAAAUACUCAAAGCAUGGUGCAAGCAGUUCCAGUCCGAGUUUGGCGGAGACGCAGCAGAUGCGCCACUUUCACAGGCCGAGACGACAUGUGGAAACGCUGCCCCCGGGGUCGCUGCACUGGCCAGUCCGCGCCUCAACAUUGCCAUUCAUGUUGUUGGCUCCCGCGGAGAUGUUCAACCUUUCAUCCCAAUCGCCCAGAUGCUGUCUAGGCCACCUUUCAACCAUCGAGUGCGGAUUUGCACGCAUCCUGUCUUUAAGGACUUUAUUGAAGGACAAGGUAUUGAAUUCUUCAGUAUCGGUGGCGAUCCGGAGGCGCUCAUGGCCUAUAUGGUAAAGAACCCAAGUUUGCUACCGAGUCUCAAGAGUGUUAAAGAUGGAGAUAUUAGUAAGAGACGGAAAGAAAUGUGGGAGAUCAUGCAUGGCGCAUGGCGCAGCUGUAUCGAGGCUGGUGAUGGAAUGGCAGGCGCGAUGAAGGCAGCUAAUAUACAGUCGCCCAAGGAUCUCUUCAUUGCCGAUGCUAUUAUGGCUAAUCCCCCAUCUAUGGCCCAUAUACAUUGCGCUGAAAAGCUAGGUAUACCAUUACAUAUUGUCUUCACUAUGCCGUGGUCACCUACAGAAAUAUUUUCUCACCCCUUAGCUGCUAUGAGUUAUGGUGAUGCAGAUGCAGCAGUGGCUAAUUACCUGUCUUUUAUGAUGCUCGAGCUUCUGACGUGGCAAGGGCUUGGAGACCUAAUUAAUAAGCUCCGCACCCAGAUAUUACGCCUUGAUCCGAUCAGUCCCAUGUGGGGGUAUCAGCUUCUCUCCAGGCUCCGUGUGCCACAUAGCUAUCUAUGGUCGAAAUCUUUAAUUCCUAAGCCGUUUGACUGGGCCUCUCACAUCAAUAUCACCGGCUUUUCAUUCUUACCACUGGCAUCCUCUUAUACUCCCCCGCCAGAUCUAGUCACAUUCCUAGAAAAGGGUACCGCUCCGGUAUAUAUCGGAUUUGGCUCAAUAGUGGUUGAAGACCCACAAGCUCUUACGAACUUAGUCUUUAAUGCUGUCAAACUUGCUAACGUUCGCGCUGUCGUCUCCCAGGGCUGGGGCACGCUAGGCGGUGGAGACGUUGGCGUACCAGAAAAUGUGUAUCUUAUUGGCAACUGCCCUCACGACUGGCUCUUUCAGCGCGUUUCUGCUGUUGUGCAUCACGGGGGUGCUGGCACCACGGCUGCAGGUAUUGCUGCUGGGCGGCCCACUGUUGUUGUUCCCUUCUUUGGCGACCAGCCAUUCUGGGGACAAAUGAUAGCACGAGCAGGCGCUGGUCCAACUCCAAUACCUUUCAAGGAAAUGACAGCAGAGUCUCUAGCGGCAAGUAUACUGUUUACACUCAAUCCAGAAGUUAAAGAAGCAGUACAAAGAGUGGCACAGACCAUCACGCAGGAGGACGGAGCCAGCAAUACAGCUAUGGAUUUUCUAAACCGAUUAGGUGUCGACGACCUCCGAUGCGACUUGUGCCCAGACAGGCUGGCGAUAUGGAAACAUAAGCCAACCGGCACUCGUCUCAGCGGUUUCGCCAUGACCUGCCUAGUCGACAAAAAGUUAGUCCAGCCGAACGACAGCAAGCUCCUUCAGCACAAGCACUGGUAUGUUAAUGAGGGUGCUGAGCACCCUAUCAUCGGUGCUGUGGCAGCUGCCUCCGGACUUUUCACAGCUUUAAGUACGGCGGCGAGUGACUAUCAUGGCCGCCUAAAAGGCCGCCAUAGGCCGGUAGCGUCUUCGAGCGAGAUGCUUCAUCAGCCUUCAUCAUCCGCGAUCAUUGUCGAUGAAGGUGCAAAAUUUCCCACGUCCUCAAGGAAUAAUACUAAGGACCAUGAUGGGAUCCUCAAGGGAUUCUUGGAUUCCAAUCCACUGACUCCCAUGGAGAUGGAAACCAUAGCUUACAAAAUAGCUACCAAGUCGCUUCGUACUGCUGAACCUGAUGUUGCCAAAACUCAGAGAGCGCCAACAGCGUAUGAUAAGCAGAAAGCGGCUUGGCGAGCACAGGAACAAGGUAGAAAUGGUCAUGCGUACUAUAUUGCACGCGCUACGGGACGAUUUGCUGUCGACGUAACCAAGGCAAGCCUAAAAGCGCCUGUUGCGUUUUUUUAUAAUAUUGCGAAUGGCUUUCACAACUAUCCCUCUUACAGCUUCGGCGCGACAGAAGUGCGACGGCGUGGGGAGAUCACCGGUUUAGGAAGUGGUCUCCGGGUAGCAGGCGAAGAAUUCGUGCUGGGAUUUUGGGACGCCUUUAGUGGUGUUGUUAUGAAGCCAUAUGAGAGCACGAAGGGUGAGGGCGCAAAAGGGCUUGGCAAAGGCGUGCUUCGUGGCGCAAGGGGGUUUGCAUAUAAUGUUGGAGCUUCAAUAUUUGCUCUACCAGGCUACGCCCUCAAGGGAGUUGAAAAGGAGCUAGCAAAGCAUCGGCUUACUAAAUUGAAGAGCCAGGUUUUGUUAAUCAGAUUGAGACAGGGUAUAGAAGAUUUUCGAUCCGCUGCUCCAGAAGAACGGGCUGCAGUGGUGACAUUAUGGGAAUCAAGGCUUAAAUAG